AUGCUUGAGCGACAGCUGAACGAAUUAGACAAUAAGUAUGAAGGUGAAGCCCAAAUUCACAACGGACGUUUUGAGGGAGACGAGAAGGAUCGUGAAGAGCUCAUAUCCUGUAUUGCAGAGAAGCUAAGAAAGUAUAAAGCUACCCGGAAGACCCGAACUGACGACGACCUCAUAUGUGUGGUUCAAAAGGAAAAGCCGCCACUACGCCGCGUUAUGGACAGCUCGCGUAUCUUUCGAACGAUGAGCCUCUGGGAAACGAAAAGAGGAAAUUUGUCUGCACACGAUAUAGAAAAUGUCACCUACUUCUCCGAAAAGCGGUUGGAUCUCUUUAUUUCUCUUAUUACCACGACGAUUGGUCUUGCUAUGCUCGUGACACCACUCUGGAUCCUUCAGUCAACAACAAAUCUCCAAUCGAAGCUCAUAGUCAUAACUGUCUUUAUCGUCGUGUUUCUGCUUGUGCUAUCUUUUGGAAUGGUAGCGAAACCUUUUGAAGCUUUGGGAGCGACGGCAGCGUACGCUGCUAUUCUUAUGGUGUUUAUGCAAUUGGGGAUUAACUAA